AUGUCUGGAUCUCCGGUUCGUGGGGAUCUACUAAAUGAUUCGGCUUGGCAAUCCUUUGGCCCUGUUUCCUCAGUGGGCUUCGAUUUUACACCACUUUUUGAAGACACUAUCCUGUCUUUGCUACCAUCAACACUUUUACUACUGAUCUUACCCUAUCGCCUGAUAAGUCUCUAUGGCCAGCAGCCGAAAGUGUCUCCCGGGGGCUUUUUGCGCGGGAGUAAAACAAUCUUCCUGGCUAUGUUUGCUGCAAGCCACCUUGCGCUGCUAAUCCUACGUAUUUUGAAGUCACCAUUACGCACAAAAGCCACAAUCCCUGAGUCUGCACUGGCAUUCGUUGCCAGUAUCGGUCUCUGUCUGCUUUCGCGGUUUGAGCACAGUCGUUCUAUUCGCCCAUCACCCAUCAUCAAUGGCUACAUCUUCCUCACUUUGAUCCUUGACACCGCUCGGGUACGAACAAUAUUUCGGGAUACGAACGACAAAAGCAUUGCCGCGAUGUUUACAGGCAUGAUCGGCGUAAAAGUGAUGGUAUUGGUUGCUGAGGCAGUUGAAAAGCGGAGUCUUCUCUUGCCACCCUAUCGUUGCUUGUCCCCCGAGGAGACAAGCAGCAUUUAUAGUCGAUCAUUCUUCUUCUGGCUGAACGAACUCAUGACAUCUGGUUUCCACCGGGUUCUUCAGAAUCACGAUUUGUACCCGGUCGAUACUGAUAUGUCUUCCCUGGUACUUCUUCAGCGAGUGAAAAAUUCAUGGAAUUCUGCGAGACAGCAUGAACGGAGAGCUCUCUUCUGGGCACUGUUACGUGCGAAUUUGAAGCCGUUUCUUUAUUGCGUCAUUCCGCGUCUUAUUCAGAUGGGCUUCAGAUAUGCCCAACCCUUUCUGCUUGAUCGGACGAUCAGUUUUGCGAACGAUACGAACCAAUCAGACAGCAUUGGUUGGGGUCUCACGGGCGCUUUCUUUAUAGUUCUUCUUGGUGUCGCAGUAUCGAAUGGAAUAUAUUAUCAUACGACAUUUCGCUUCGUGACGAGUGCCCGUGGCAGUUUGAUCAGCAUCAUCUAUACCAAAACGGUUGACCUCAGCAUUACCGCCCUCGAUGAAUCAGUUGCUAUUACCCUGAUGUCUAGUGAUGUCCAAGCCAUCUGUAAUGGAUUACAGUUAAUCCAUGAUCUUUGGGGAGUUCCCCUUGAACUCGUCAUUGUGAUCUAUCUCUUAGCUCGCCAGCAGGCGAAGCUCUUUCGGAGGUUGCUUGUUCUGCGUGUUUUCCUUGCAAACAGCCUUAGAUUUCUGGCUCCGCCUGUGACAUUUGCCAUCUACGCAAGGAUGUCCCAGAAUGGGCAUUCUUUGGAUGUGAACUCAACUUAUACAACGCUGUCACUCAUUUCGCUAGCUGCAUCUCCUGUCAAUACGUUAAUACGAGCCAUCCCUGCUGUGAACACUGCCUUGGCAUCCUUUGACCGCAUCCAGAAGUUUCUCCAGUCAGAGAGCAGACAGGACCAUCGCAUACUCAUGGGAAAAUCUCCAGCAUCAGAAGGACAGCUUCAGCAGGCCUUGGAAAAAAUAGAUCUCACAGAGGCUUCAGAAACUGGCUCUUUGAGUCGCAUGGCAGUAACUGGAGUCAUUACUGCCCUAGAUAUGAGCUUUGCAUGGCGUCAUCAUGCACCUUUUUCGGUCCAUAAUAUCAAUUUAACCGUGAACAAAGGUCAAUUUUGUUUCAUUAUAGGCCCAGUGGGCUGUGGCAAAAGCACUCUACUGAAGGGCUUACUGGGUGAAACACCAUUUAAAGAAGGUUUGCUAUACGCAGAACACCGUGAGAUGGCAUUUGUGGAUCAGACACCCUGGAUUCGCAACACAUCGUUUAAAGACAAUAUCCUAGGUGUCUCGGACUAUGUUGAGGCAUGGUACCAUGAGACUGUAACUGCCUGUGGACUAGAUCAUGAUGUUGCGAAUCUUCCAAGUAGUCAUUUAACAAAAGUUGGUUCCUCUGGGAUUUCCCUGUCUGGAGGGCAAAAGCAACGAUUGGCACUGGCGCGUGCUGUCUACUCGUGCAAACCAGUUAUUAUGCUCGAUGAUGUUUUAUCAGGCCUCGACACUGAUACUGAAGAAUGUUUGUUUCAAAGCCUCUUUGCUAGGAAAGGAAUCUUCCGCAGACUAGGUACGACUGUACUACUAGCCACGCAUGCAGUACAUCGACUCUCUUAUGCGGAUCAUAUUGUUGUUAUGAAGAGUGAUGGGACCAUUGCUGAGCAGGGCACCCUAAGCGAGCUCAAGGCCGGUAGGGGUUACAUAGCUUCCCUGAAAUCACAUAAUAAAGAAGAAACGAAGGAUGGUAUAGAGUUGCAACGGAAGAAGGCUUUGGGAGUUACUCACGCUGGCUCUGAGCAAGAUAACUGUGUUGACACUAUUGAAGAAGAAUUGACCAGGCAAAGUGGAGAUCUAUCUCUUUACUUAUACUAUUUCGGGUCUGUGCAUUGGGCAUCCAGUGCUUUUUGGAUGACUUCGUUUAUUAUUGAAGGGGUAUCGCCGAAGUUGAGCGAAUGGUUGAUCAAAAUUUGGAUGAGCUCACUGGAAACUAAUGGGGAUGCUGUUAACUCAUUCUACCUAGGCCUCUACGCCAUGCUGUCAAUCAUUACAGUCAUUGCACUUGUGGGUGGAGCCUACCACUUAUUUAUCUUCUUUACUCCGCGCAGUGCUGAAAGGCUCCAUGAACGUCUCCUAAAAUCGGUUAUGCAAGCCCCCUUGUCAUUCUUCACUGCGGUUGACACUGGCGUCACAAUGAACAGGUUCAGCCAAGAUAUGACAUUAAUCGACCAUGACUUACCUUACGCCGUCUUAGACUUUGUGUUCUCUCUUGCGGGCGGAUUUAUGUCCGCGAUUAUGAUAUGUAUAUCGACUCGGUAUUUCGCCGCCGUCAUACCGCCUCUGUUCCUUUUCUUAUGGAUAUUGCAAAAAUUCUAUCUGCGAACUUCGCGCCAAAUACGACUUCUAGACCUUGAGGCCAAGUCUCCGCUAUUUUCUCAUUUCAUUGAGAGCCUGUCUGGCUUGGUGACGAUCCGUGCGUUUGGGUGGGCGUCAGUUUUUGAGAAACAAAAUCUGGCACUACUUGACUCGUCGCAGAAACCAUUUUAUAUGCUUUACUGUAUCCAGCGAUGGUUGGAACUGGCUCUAGAUCUAUCCGUGGCUUUUCUGGGCCUUAUACUGAUGAUUCUCAUCGUCAAAUUGCGCAGUGCGGUUGGCACUGGAUAUGUCGGUCUUGCCAUCCUCAAUGUUAUCACUUUCAGCCAGUCACUGUCGCAGAUACUUCGGAAUUGGACUGAUCUCGAGACUUCUCUUGGUGCUAUCUCUCGGAUUAGAGGGCUUAUUACCAACAAUAUCUCUGAGGACAAGCCUUAUGAGAACAAGGCCUCCAAAACUGCGAACCUUGCCAUGUCCGGCUGGCCAUCUCAAGGUGGAAUCGAGUUCCGGAAUGUUUCUGCAUCUUACGAAGCAGGGGAAGGCCAGUUGUAUGUCCUCCGCAAUCUGAAUCUGUCUAUUAAACCUGGUCAGAAAGUAGGAAUUUGCGGUCGCAGUGGCAGUGGCAAAAGCUCACUUUUAGCUACUCUGUUUCGACUGCUAGAAAUCGGGCCGCAAAGUCAGAUCCUCAUUGACGGUGUGGAUAUAAGACAUAUUCCUCGGCAAGUGACACGCGCAGCUCUUAACGCAAUUCCACAAGAGCCUUUUUUUACGUACGGUACUGUUCGUGCCAAUAUGGAUCCUUAUGGUAUUAACAGCCUAGAGGAGAUUGAGCGUGCGCUUCGUCGUGUUGAGUUGUGGCACAUUAUCGAGACCAAAGGCGGACUUGAUUGCAAUCUAGAUGCCAACUUCUUCUCUCAUGGCCAGAGACAGCUAUUUUGCCUCGCCCGAGCCUUGUUGCGCAAAAGCAAGAUCGUUGUCCUUGACGAAGUAACCAGCAAUGUGGAUUUUUUUUCUGACGCAUUGAUGCAGCAGGUGAUUCGGGAAGAGUUCCCAGGCUGCACAAUCUUGGCUGUUGCUCAUCGGCUCGAGUCUAUCCUUGAUUUUGACAGGAUAGCCGUGAUACAGGAUGGCGAGCUGAUUGAGUUUGAUACGCCAGAGUCACUUCUUAAGCAAGAUAGUGCGUUCAAGGAGCUUUACAAGUCAUAA